GGCGGUGGGAGCGGGCGCUGCAGCGUGGCGGAGCGGCGGCGGUGGUAGCGGAGAGUGGGAGCGGAGCGGGUCUAAUCCUCAGCUCCAGGCCAUGCACUGCGGUACUGAGCGGACCGGGGCCGGACACACAACCACACCGCCGGCGGACGAUGCUUUUGGGCAGUAAGAGUAACCAUCACAGUGGAAGCAUUCAUGGAUAUAGUUGGAACGUUUAACCAUUUAAUUCCCAGUGACCAGUUGGAGGACUCGUUGCUGCUGGGACAGAACCUGGAAUGUGAAGCGAGUGAUGAGUUUACAGCCGGUCACAACCUGCCUGAAGACUCGCUGAAGAACAUGCUCAGUGACAAAGAUCCCAUGUUCGGUUCUGCCAGCACCCAGUUCCACCUUUUAGAACAGGAUGAUCCCAAUUUCCAGCUCCCCGGAUCCACAGUUUCAGGCCAUGAAAUGAACUCUCCAGACAUCAGCCAGGCUUCUGCUCCCGAGGACGAGGCUCAGUCCAGCUUCCCCCGGGGCCGGAGGAAAGGAGCUCCUCCCGUACAGAGGAAACAAACAGGGACCAGAGGACGAGGUAGAAGUGGGAUGACGAGGGGUGUGGGUCCAUUUAGAGGAGUUUCAGUUGCAGCACGAUUGACCAGAAGAUCUGGCAGGAAAGCAGCAGAACAGCAUGAAGAAGAGCAGGCGUCCACCGGCAACUCGCCAGUGGACGACGCCAACGCAGAGAAACGGGAGGCCUUGCUCAAUCAGAGAUUUAGCGUCAAUGAGGUCGACUCAUCCAUGAGUCCCAUGGUGGUGUUGAGGCGGUUAACGGUAACCGUGGGAGGCUACAAAAUCGAACUGCUGCCUGGACCUUCGCACAUGUCCGGGUCGUUUAACGCCGAGGCUCUCCAAGCUUUGAGCAUCCAGGGUGAUGCUGGAACAUUGACUGCUGAAGGUAUUGAGUUCAACUUGGGUCAGAACCAGGCUUUAAGUGUGCAAUCAGCACCGGAGGUCGUUGAAGAGGUUAGCGUUGGAGAGAAUGUGGAUAAUGUAGAUAAUGAAGAAAGUGUAGAAAACGUAGAUAGUGAUAUGCCUAUGGACUUUGGUCCGUAUGUGAAUCCAAACGAAGUUCAAGACACCAACGGUGCUCUACCUUUUAAGCCUAACUCAACAGAGGCAACAGAAGCGAAAGUCGCCACAAAGAACGGGGAAAAAGAAAAUGAUGUCAAGUCGGCAAGUGUCGCUAAAUUAUCGAAUAAAAUCAAUAAAAGUGGAGACGCAACAACGAAACCCUCUCCCAGAAAGCUGCUAAAACCCAAGCAAGCACCUUCUAUGACCAAAAACAAGCAGACGCACCUUACUAAACCCGGUACAUUACAAAAAGGGUCCAAACAUCUCAAACCACCAGAUAAAAAGGUCCAAAAAUCUCCAAAAGCUACAGAAGAAAAUCUGCAAAACGUCAAAAACACCAAAACCGCCAACGCCGGGCUCAAACGAUCAUCCGUUUCCCUCACACCCAAACCAGCCUCAAAGCUUCCAAAAGUGCAGGUCAGUCCUACGAAACAAAACUCCAACCCCACCGUUCCAGCCUCCCCUAUGUUAACCCGAAAACCGUCCUCCGAUUCCAACCCCGCAACCAAGCCGGUAGCAAACAAAUCUCCUCACUCUGUGAAGAAACCAACCCAUCAAAACCCACUACCUUCCCCGACAGCAAUCAAACCAAGCCAGCCUGCGAAGGACGGCUCAUUGGAGGACGACCACGACAAGCUUAAGGUCAAGAAACCGGACAAGAUCCAGCAGAGACAGAGGAGCAGGAACAGCAGGAGCGUCUCUAUCGAUGAACCCGAACUUUUCAUCCCUGAUAACGCUCCCGCGGUAAAGAAGGGGCCAGCAGAGGGCGAUCCUGCACCUGCUUCUGAAAACGAAACCACGUGGGAUUCGAGUAAACAGUGCGGGCUGUGCAAGAAACCACACAACAACAGGUUCAUGGUGGGCUGCGGGCGCUGUGACGACUGGUUCCACGGUGAGUGCGUGGGUCUGGACCUGGCGAAGGUGCAGCAGAUGGAGAAGGAUGAUCAGGAAUACGUCUGUCUGAAGUGCUGCGCUGAGGAAGACGAGAAGAACGAAACACCGGCAGCAGAAACCCCGGAGAACACAUCGAACCCAAAACAGAAACCGGGAACCGAACCGUCAGUCACCACAGGUGGGAUCCGCCCCUUCCGCAAGGAUUCAGGGGAAAGAAGACCGUCUUCAGAUUCUGCACCAAAAAGUGGGUCGAAUGUGAAGCACGAGGUCAAGAAGGCUAAAGUUUCUCCUGCAAACUUAAAGAAACCGUCCACAGGACAGAUCAGGAGGAGCGUCCGGGACUCGCUGGAGGAGAUUCUCCUGAAAAGGCUGAAGGAAUCAGACUUGAAGAUUUCGACAGAGAAGCCAGCUGAGCUCGCUAAAAGGACUGAAAAGGAGCUCUUCGCCCUCUUCCAAGGGGUCGAUAGCAAGUACAAGAACAAAUACCGAAGCUUGACCUUCAACCUCAAAGAUACAAAGAAUAAUGUGUUGUUCAAGCGAGUUCUCAAGGGGGAAGUUUCUCCUAGAGAUCUGGUUCGUAUGAGUGCUGAAGAACUGGCCUCCAAGGAACUGGCUGCCUGGAGACAAAGGGAAAACAGACAUACGAUUGAAAUGAUCGAGAAAGAACAGCGAGAAGUGGAGAGGCGACCCGUUACCAAAAUCACACAUAAAGGGGAGAUCGAAAUCGAGAACCAGGAACCUGCGAAAGCCCCUGAAGCCAUAGAGCCUGUGUCGGAUCCUCCAGUCCCUAAAACACCUGAGGUUCCUGAGGAAAAGGCUCCAGACUCAAAGGUGGAAAGUCCCAAAAAAGUUAAAGAUACAACCAGCCUGCACAAGUCCCAUCUGUUUGAUCUUCACUGCAAGAUCUGCACAGGCCGAAUGGCUCCACCCGUGGAGGAGGCCACCACUAAGGUAGUGAAAGUGGCCACGACGGUCAUUAGGAGGCAGUCCACGGCUACAGAAGGCGAUAAUCAGCAGGCCACGCCCAUAUCUCCUGCUAUAGCUCCCUCAGCGCUGGUGGAUGACCUGUCCCUGAGAGCUAUGGAGGAAGGCCUGCUCAACUCCAGCAUCUUCCCUGCUUACGAGUCACGGUCGGAAAGUGUGAGCAGUAAAGAAGACACGGCUGCAUUCCUCUCUAAUUUACACAGUUUAUGGAAUGGAAACGUAGACAUGCCUGCUGUAGCCCGCUUCCUUACAAAGGCUUACCCUGUUUCUGGGACUUUGGACCACCUGACUGAGGACCUGCCGGACAGCAUCCAGGUUGGUGGAAGGAUCUCUCCGCAGAUAGUCUGGGACUACGUUGAGAAAAUUCGUGCCUCUGGAACAAAGGAAAUCUGUGUGGUUCGCUUCACGCCCGACACAGAAGAAGACGAAAUAUCGUACACUUUGCUGUACGCCUAUUUCAGCAGCCGCAGACGAUAUGGCGUCAUCGCCAACAAUCGCAAACAGGUCAAAGACAUGUAUCUCAUCCCACUUGGAUCAACUGAGAAGAUCCCUCAUCAGAUUGUCCCGUUUGACGGCCCUGGUUUGGAAACCUACCGUCCAAACCUCCUGCUUGGCCUAAUCAUUCGUCAGAGACCGAAAAGGGACUUUGGGGUUAUCCUCCCAAGCGAAGUUAGUGAAGCUCCAACUUUUGCCAUGGAGACCAAACCGCAAGUCGACCUUAUCCAGAAAACUUCUGUCUUGCCUCAAGACGAAGACAGAAACUUUGUUAGCACUCUGGGUCGUCUACCCAAGAAAGACACUGCGAGCCUUAUCAAAUCCCACGCUGAGGAACCGGUGGAGGGGGAGGACAGCGAGAACAACGUGUCGUCGUUGCGGUUCCUCCCUGGUGUGCUAACAAAACCCACGUCUGAGAAGAACGUGCCUGCAGGUGAUGAUGCAAGGAACACAACUGAUGGCAUCAUCAGUCAACCUCUUGCCACUGAUGGUGCCUCUUCAGGAGGCGCCACUUCUUCAGGAGGUACCUCUUCCUCUUCAGGAAGCGUCACUCCCAAAACGCCCACCACCCCCAGACUGGAUCGGUUUGUAAUCAAGAAGAAAGAGCCGAAACCUGUCAAGAUGCAAGAGCAACCGGAGCCUUGCAGUUCGACUGGGGAGAUGAGCUCACAAGGGAAAGAGAAAGAAAGUGGAGCUACAAGUGAAGUUUUAUCUUUAUUAUCUCUGAAGGAUAAGCCUGGAGAUGUUUCUACAGAGGCUUUCCUCGCCAGCUUUGCCGCCGCUCAGCCUAAGAUUGAACCUAGCAGCACUGAAACGAAGAGCGGUACCAACAAUGAAGGAUCAAGUCAAGAAAUAAACUUACUUUCCUCGAUAGCCUCGACAUCUUCCAUAUCUACUGCACCAAAAGAGUCUGUUAAUAAUGGCACUGAAGAUGUACCUGACAAUGAAGACAUUUGGAGUCCAAGUAAAUCUUUGAAGCCAGCCAUUUCCGGCAUUUUGAAAAGUGCUAGCAAGUCCGAACCUGAUGAUGUGAUGCAAUCCAACACGAUAGUUCAGACAAGUGCAGACGUGGCACAGUCUACUUCCAUCCAGUCUGUGUCUGUUCCACCUAUGACCAAGUCAGCACCUUCUUCAAAGCCAUUACCAGAGUUCAAAGCUGUGGAAGACAUCCAGGCCAUCUCCACGAUCUCCUCGAUCUCCUCUUUAAGCAAAAACGAAGGUACCAAGCCAUCAAGGCCACGUCUUCUAAGUUCAAGCGCUUUCAACACUGCAAGUCACGGCCCACCACCCCCUUCUACGUACCCUCCCUCGCCUUAUCAUGCCGGAGCACCAGACCAUGCGUACCAUCCUCCCCAUCCUCCUGCACCAGUGCCCAACUUCCCACCUCUUCAGUCAAGUCCAGCACCCUUCUUACCUCUGCAUCCGCAAGUUCCUGCCCCCUUCAGCUUCCCACCUGGACCACCCCCUUCGAUGAUUCCAUUUCCCCACGCAGAACCUCCAUGGUCUCCGCCGGUUCCUCCCCAGGCUUGCUUUCCACAGCCCAUGCCAGAGACAGUCGCUGGGCCUCCACUGUCCUUCGCCACCGCAAGGUUCCCCGAUUCCGCCUUGCCUCCUAAGAAGGACAGUAAGGGUGUAGAACCAAACUACGACGAGCUGUGGGACCGGCAGUCUCGUAGAUCAGAAGAUACCUUUAAGAAGGACGAUCGAGACCACUACGGAAGGCACCGGCACAAGUCGAGUCGGCACCACGAGCGAGAGAAACACAGAGCGAGGAGUCGAAGCCGCAGCAGGAGCCGGAGUCGAAGCAGGAGCCGGAGCAGAAACAGGCACAAAAGCCGGCACUCGCGAGAUGACCGGCAUGAGGAGAGGAGGAAAGAGAGGCAUCACAGCAGCCAUCAUUACACCAAGGACAAAGAGCGGGACAAGGAGCGGGAUAGAGACCGAGACAAGGACCGGGACAAACGCAGACGAGACUCUGAUCAUGAAAAACACAGGAAAGACUCGAGAGACUCAAGAGACUCCAGAGAGGGACACUCGUGACUUCCAUACUUAUCCUUACAGAUCCAUCCACUAAAUGCCACUGAACCGAUAUCCCUGCUGAUAAAAAUCCAGCUCAAGACCUGAAGAGCUUUUGCUUCAAGAGCUCUUUUUUGCUUGGUCUUUUGAUGGUCAAGGUGGUUGAAAUGAUGGUUACCCAGGUAAAAAUUAUUACAAAUAUUCUAUACUCUGUACCAGCGGUUCUCAAACGGGACAGAGGGGGUCAGAAUGAGGUGCUAAGAGGGCAGAAGAACAAUUUGGGUUGUAUAUAUUGUUAUAAGUUUUUACCUUUUAGCAUUUUCUGAUUUGGCCACAUUUUAUAAAAGUACUGCUUGAUCAUUAAAAAAAAAGGCUGCAGUUUUUUGUUGUUACUCUAUGUAGAGUAGGAGUUUUGGGGGGUCCACAGUGGCACUUACCGUCCUCCUCAAAGGGGGCCAUCCAACUAAAAGAAGUUUAAGAAAGUUUGAGAGCCGCUGUUCUAUGCUGGUAGCGCAACUUGUUAACUGGACCAAAAUAAAUAAAGUUGUAAAUCAGUAAUGCUGGUUAAUAGUGGUGUGAAUCACAGGCCAUCUCACGAUAACACUAAUGUCUUGAUACUGUGAUUAAGUUGCUUCGGUGUAACUAAAUAGGAUAAGUAAAUAUUUAAAUAUUUACUAAAUAAGUAAAUACCAGGAAUUAUUAAUUUAUUGAUGUACUAAUAUUCUUUACCGCAUGUUUAUUAACCCUAUUUAUUUGAUUAUAGCGCCACCAUGUGGACUAACUAAGCAGUAACUUUAGUAAGUCUUACUUGGAGAGGCAAGUCUUAUGGAGUUUAGAGCGCCUAUGAUUCAAUGCACAUAUCCAUAUUUGACACCAUGCAUCGAAAACUAUAUGAUAUAUCGCAAUAUCAACAUAAUACUGAUAUAGCAAUAUAUAGUUUGAUAUGUGGUGUCAAAUAUUGAUAUUUUAUUGAAGCACAGGAGCUCUAAACUCUGCAAUUAGACAUACUAGAGUUAAAGUGGCGCUAUAAUCAAAUGAAUAGGGUUAAUAAACCUGCAGUGAAGAAUAUUGGCUGACAACAACACAUUGGUAAUUUUUGGUAUUUACUUUGGUAUUUAAAAGUAUUUUAUCCUCUUCAGUAAUAGAUGCUUUAAAUUCUAACAGAUUCUUCAGAUGCUGUGAAGUAUCGCAAAGAAUUUGUCUUAAGAUAUAUUGAGUAUCUUAGAUAAAUCAUAUAGUAUUGUGAGAAAAAAAUAUUGUCACGAGAGACGCCCUGUGAUUCCUACCCAUGAUGGUCAUGUUGAAUAUGCUUGUAGAACCAUCUAAACCAUCAAACCCAAGCAAAAACAUACUCUAAAAACUUAAUCUGGCCAACCAACUUUACCAACUAAAACAUCUUGAUUUGGCCAUGCUGUGUUUUUUUUUUUCCAGCAGGGAUAUGUUCCUUUUGUAUUUUACUACAGUUUUUUUUAAACCUCCGAAAGCAGCUUUUUUUUAAAGAGUGAAUGAGCUGAAGUUUUAGUUGGUUACGUUUUGAGUUCAGAACUGAAGCUUUUCAGUUUUUUCUUUAUGAAGACUAAUUUUCACAAACCAGAAUUUAUGGUCAUUAAAUGCAAGUUAGUUCUCAAAAACGUUGAUGAUUACACAAUAAUUACAGAAAACUGGACUGAAAUUGAUACUACUGUUGAAAAAUGGGGGGAAAAAAAUAUAAUCCAAGAGCAAAUAUUUGACAUUUUAUUUCAUCUGCCUUUUAUCAGGGUUUUAUUUUUUUGUGUUUUGUUUCAUUUUGUUUCUUUUAAACUUAAGUCUCUUAAAUAUUUUCUAUGUGUCGGAUGACGUUGUCGUCUUUGUACAUUUUUGGCUUGUCAUACUUUAGAGAUGAAGCGUGCCUUCUGCACAUUGUUUAUGUACAGUUCAAAAAAUCUUUUUAUUGUUCAUAGAAAGAAAGAUAAUAAAUCUUUUGUUAAUUAAA